AUGAGAAACUAUAAAAGAAAAACAAAAAGGGGUACAACUAGUCAAGAAGUUUAUGAAUCUGCUGCAGCAGAAGUACAGCAGAAUAAAACGAGCAUUCGAAUAUGGCCCUUCAAUCCUGACAUUUUUCAAGACAGUAGCUAUGCACCUUCUUAUGUCACUGAUCGCCCCAAUCUAGAAAUAGAGUGUCCCACGUCCUCGCAGAACAUCUCCAAUUUGACACUGAACCUGGAAAAUCCAGAAUUGUUAGAUUUUGCACCUCAACUGAACAUAAGCACCACUGAAAUCAUACAGGCAAUCGAAACAGCAACAAAUCUUAUACCUGACACUACUAAAAAUAUUACUGUUUCACCUUGUCCAAAUCCCUUUUGUUCGCAAGAUAUAGAAUGUUUAACUACAUUACCGACUCCAGAUUCGCCAAAUUUUCAAAAAGAAAAUGAAAUAGAAUUAUCGAUACCAGGUCCAAGUACAUUUGAAAAUUUUUCACCUUCAAAAAUAAGACCCUUUCCCAAGGCAGAAGCUCGAAAACAAUCCAUCCAUACUCGUCGUAAACGCAAAUCCGCUGUGUUACGACACGCC